CAAAAUCAUAGUAUAAAUAAAAAAGAUCUUGUGCUAACAAAUACAUCCUGCAUUAAGAAUUGAAGCUCAAAGCAGCGGAUGGACUUGGACAGGGAUGGCUAUGGAGCAGGAGCAGUACUUUCUACUAAUAUCUUUUUGCUCCAUAUCCAGUCCUGAGCGAGUCUGGAUCUGCUGUUAUCAAUUCAGGAAAUGGGCAUUUGCAGUCACAAAUUGAUUGCUCACUCAUGUUGGGUUUCCAAAAGCUGCUCAAAUGAUGCAUAGGUUUCGAUGUAUUCAGAACUCUUAUGCAUACUAUAAUAAAUGCAAGAUUGAGGAUUUUAACUGUGUGAAGCUCAUGGCUAAACGGUUUGAGAAAUGUCAGAUUGAUAUUCUCAAGUCGGCAUUUGAAGAGUCGGAGAAUUUGACCAGAGAGAAGAAGGUUGACUUGGUGAGGACUACAGGUCUGGAUAUGGAGCAGAUUGCCAGCUGGUUCAACAGGAAAAGAGCGUGUAAGCGAGCUCGGAAAUCCAUAGGGGAUUUGGAACGAAAUAAUGCUGAUCUCCAGCUAGCACUGGAGGAGAGUAGAGAGAAGGAAGCUGAGCUCCAAAAGAAGCUUAACGAGAGUAAGCAGAGAGAAGCUGAACUUGAAGCAGAAAACCAGAGUUUAAAACAAUCUCUAGCGAUUUCUGGAGGUGAUAUGCGGUUUGAUUCUGUACUUGGGUUUGCAGCGGAUCUCCAUGGUGUAGAUGAUCAUAUUUUACGCCCAUGAAGAUAAAGAGUCGUACAAUUAAUCCAUUUUCCAAUGUGCUGUAAUUGACCCAAGAAAAAUUACUGUUUAUGAGUAUUGUGGUUCAGCAAUAAAAGUUCUCAGUUUAUUGUUUU